AUGGAUCAGAAAUACAAGAUAAAUUCAUGUUGGAGUAAGCAUGGGGAUAUUAAGACUGAUAAGUCAGCGGAAGAUCCGAAAGUUGAGUUAGAUGUUUAUGACUUGAUUAGGACAGCUUUCAUUGAUGGUGAUUCUCAACCUACGAGCUACUUUGGAGAUCAGGCAGAUGUUGUUGAUGGUGGUAGUGAAGAGUCUGAGUUUAGGAAGAAGCUCGAUGAUGCUGAAACUCCACUAUACUCCAACUGUCCCAACUACACGAAGGUGUCUGCAAUUAUGGGGCUUUACCGCCUCAAAGUCAAGAGUGGAAUGUCAGAGAACUAUUUUGAUCAGCUGCUGACGAUGAUUCAUGAUAUGCUUCCCACGGAUAAUGUUCUCCCGCAAUCAACAUAUGGGAUAAAGAAGUUCCUGAAGAUGUUUGGCUUCGGAUAUGAUAUGAUUCAUGCAUGUAAGAACGAUUGUGUUCUAUACCGGAAGGAAUACGAGGCUAUGGAAAGUUGUCCAAGGUGUAGUGUAUCAAGAUGGGAGAGGGAUAAGCAAACUGGUGAGGAGAAAAAGGGGAUACCAGCCAAGGUAUUAAGAUAUUUUCCAAUCAAAGACAGAUUGAGACGGCUCUUUAGAUCCAGAAGGACGGCUGAAGAGGUUCGUUGGCAUUUCAACAAUAAGAGUUUAGAUGGUACCAUGAGGCAUCCAAUGGACUCUUUAACGUGGGCCAAUGUGACUGAUAAAUGGCCAGAGUUUUCAGCUGAACCAAGAAACCUCCGCCUUGGUAUCUCUACAGAUGGGAUGAAUCUUUUCUGCCUUCAGUGCAGCACAUACAGCACAUGGCCAGUGUUCUUAGUUAACUAUAACAUGCAUCCAACAUUGUGUAUGAAAGCAGAGAAUAUAAUGUUGAGUCUGUUGAUCCCAGGGUCUACAUCACCAGGCAACAACAUUGACGUCUAUCUAGCUCCAUUGAUAGAUGACCUUAAGGAAUUGUGGAAUGAGGGACUUGUGGUUUACGAUUCAUUUAUGAAGGAGAAUUUUACAAUUAAAGCAAUGUUGUUGUGGAGUAUCACUGAUUAUCCUGCUUUAGGAACAUUAGCUGGGUGUAAGGUGAAAGGCAAACAGGCGUGUGUUGUGUGUGGAAAGGAUACACCUUUUAGGUGGUUGAAAUUCAUUCGGAAUCAUGUUUAUUUGGGAAACAAAAAAAGACUUAGACCUGGACAUCCUUAUAGAAGAAGAAAAAAAUGGUUUGACAACACUGUGGAGGAAGGAAGUGCGAGUAGAAUUGAAAGUGGAGCAGAAAUUUUUAACAUACUCAAGGAUUUGAAAGUUGAGUUUGGCAAACCGUUUGGGGAAAAAAGUAAAAAGAAACGAAAAGGAGUAUCUGUUGAUGAGGUACCUUUGGACGAAAAAGACGAUGAAGACAAUGAUAAUUGGAGGUGGAAGAAACUGUCCAUCCUAUUCGAGUUACCUUAUUGGAAGGCAUCACAUGAUAAAAUCAUCAUCUUUGAUUGGAAUGCGGAGGAUGUAGUAGUUGCUGAGGGUCGUUUGUGGUCAAUGGAUCCGCAAGAAAAGGCCAACAAUAUCUGUCUCGGACCUAAUGCUGCAAUCGUAAAGGUUGAGAAGGUCGUUAAACAUGACGCUUAUUUGUGGAGACCUACUGAUGAUAUGGUCUUGAUGGGUGAUGCACUUUAUGCCUUCAUCGCAUGGCCAAUAAAGAAGAUAUUGCUGACUAGUAUUAUACAUCCAACAAGAUCAUCAUCACCAAUAGCAACAUCACCUGGGACUGUAAGUUGCAGCAUCAACACCACCAAAUCAGAUGGAAAGAAAAAGUGCAUGCUGUUGGAUUGUCCAAAUGCUAGCAAGGUAUGGAUAGAAGUAUCAAAGAUUGGAGAUGCAAAAGUGUGGAGACCAAAUUCAGAAGUGGAGUUAGUUUCUGAUGCUUUAGGUACAACAGUUGCGUGGCCUAAUGAUAAACUUGUGUUUGUGUGA